CAGAAAUGGUCGAGAUCACGACGAGCUUUAUUACCAGUUGCUACUGGUCUUCGAUUUGUUGCCUCCGUAGAGACGGAAGAGACUAAACGCUGAAAUGCCGGAGAGUGCCACCAAAGCGAGCGGUAUUCUGGAACCAGAAAAGCUAAGGCAAACGCCGCAAGCGACAACCGCCUUCGCUCGCAAGCGCCCAGGACACACUUUGAAAACACUAAGGCAUGAAAAGCAAGCGGCCACCUUCACAGCCACAAGCGAUAGCUUCUCCCGCUUGCAAGCAACAGUCCAGAUACCCGCCGCUGCAGACUAUCACCAGAUUUCAACUAAGUACUUCAACUGCAGCGGUGCAGCCAUUUCAAUUCCAGCUAGCGCAAGCGAGCUGAGCUACGCUGAUGCCCUCCAGCUCUCCAGCAAGCGAGGAAGAUAUGUGCCCUUAACCUACAACGCAAGCGAAGCGGGCGCCCUGGGAGUUAUGGCCAACAACUGUUUCAACAGAAUAACCACCAGCAACAGCCUAACUGCCCAGCGGUUGAAACUGCCUAACAGCUACUUGCAACCGUCUCUUCACAUCUGAUAUAAAUAGGGCCAGAUAUCUUUAUGUAAAAAAAAAAAAGAAGGAGAUUGAAUUCUUUGACGAAUUUCAGC